AUGACGCCGCUGAUGUCUGCCCAUCUUGUGGUAUACCAUUUACCUUCAGGCUUUGCACAAGAAAGAGAAGGAAAACAGGAAGACGAGACAGAUGAGAACCCCGAUAAGUUGCGCUCUAGAAUUCCGACAUUUAAUAUAAAAGAAAACUGUACGGUUAUCAGCUGUUAUGCGAGUGGUUUAAGUGCUGCACCCAUUGACACUGGAAAGUGUGAGGCCUUUAACAAAUUGUGUCAACAUUUAAAUGAAAAAGAUGAACGUCAGUACUGUUUGUCUAGCUUGUUAGCGUCACAUGACUACUGGGCGUCCAAGAAUGGGCCGCCAAUCCUGGACGAGUCCCAGGACUGGAAGUUGAUGGCUGGCCGACAGAACGACACACACACCAUGAUCAGGGUGCGGCGACCCAUCACGCCAAGCACAAAAGACGACAUCGAUGUCUUCGACUUCCCGAUGUGGAUCCUGUGGGCGUGGCAUCCUCACGACCCUGGCGAGGACCUUCACCCAGAAUACCACCAGAACAACAGAGGAGCCCGCCGCCUCUGCAUCCUCCGGUCGGACUGCUGGCCACCAUCACCACCGCCACCCACCAGGGGCGCCGCCGCCUCCCUCACCGCCACCGUCGCUGUUGCUGCUGCCUCCUGCCUCCUGGUCCUCCUUCCACAGUUGCACCUUCUCUUAUGAGCUCAGGGAGAGCUCCUGUGUAAACCGCCUGUGUGUGUGUGUUUUUGUUUUUGGUUUCCUCCCUUCGCCAAGGGAGGUUGUAUUAGGUUGUAUGGGUAACUUUAGUUUGGGGAUGAUUAUAGUGAUGGUCAUGAUAUUUACAAAUGAAGGUAAUAAAUAUUCAGUAUUUUGAGCUUGGGGGAAAUGUUACAGCUGGGCCUUGGAAACGGAAGGGAGGGGGGGAUGGUGCAGUGGAAGACUCAAGUAGGGCCUUAUUGUGUGCACACGUUUGUAUGCGUGUGUGUGGUGUGCGUGUUUGUGUAUGUGUGUGUGUAUUUUGAAGCACACGCAUGCGUGUAGGAAAGAGGAACAAUACAAUGUGAUGAUUCCUACACGCGUCACUUCUUCCCCAUUAAUGAGGCACGGAAACUCUCUCGCCUCUCACCAUGCUCUCUAACUUAGGAAACUGUAAUUCAUUCUCUCUCUCUCUCUCUCUCUCUCUCUCUCUCUCUCUCUCUCUCUCUCUCUCUCACACACACACAUACACACACACACACACACACACACACACACACACACACACACACACACACACACACACACACGCACGCACGCACGCACCUACGGAAUUGAAGAACCAAAAUCAUAUACCAACGAGGAAGAUAGAACAGUAAUACCAGUCGUGUUAGGGAAUUUAAGGAAUUAAAAAUGAAACGCAUGAAAAUCAAUUAGAGGGUAGGUAUAAAAAUUAUAAAGAGAAAAUAAGAUCUGCCAGUUAUGGUUACUUGUCAAUAUUUCAACCCAUUUUCUAUGUUUGGAGCAGUGUAAACAUCCAGGGAAGACUGUGUUAAGUGUGGCAGUCUAUAUCCCUGUUCUUUCUUUCAAGACCUCAGACUUGGGAAUGUCGUAUACAUUCAGCCUUUGGUAAUGAUCAAAUUAAGGCUUCCAUCUAAUGAGAUUAUGUAAUGAUCAAAAUGAGUUUUUCAGGUACUGGUAAUAAAAGUAUUCCUAUAUGUUUGGACACGAGUGAGUCAGAAUUUAGUGUCUUCAGCAUUUCAAUUUGUAUAUUGGUAAAUUUAAUUACUUUUUUUUUCUGGAAACCAUCACUAAGCUGUCAAAAGUCGUCACUCCUGAAACAAUCUCUUUAUUCAGGGUAAACACACUGAAGCUUCUUAGGGAUGACGCAAGUUCCUCCGUCUUCUAAUAUGUUAAUUUUUCAACUAUAAUCUACCUUGUCCAUAACUACUAACGCAUUUGCUUUGUCUAUUUCGUAAGGUGAAGUCCAGGAUCUUUCCUUAAUUCAUGGUAUAACUUAACAAAUCUUUGAUGACAAUUGUGUUGCAGAGACCUAAGCUUUGCAACGCAAUUGUCCUCAAAGAUUUGUUAAGUUAUGCCAUGAAUUAAGGAAAGAUCCUUGACUUCACCU